GUUUAGCUUCCUAGAACUGUAGGUCCAAUCUGGCAACCCUCGAUACUCACAGCAGAGGAUGAGACACUGGAGAGCUGAACUGAGUUAGUAGUAGUCCCCACUCCCCAGAACACGAUUAGCACAGGAUGGCUGGAAACGCGUGGAGGUCAACGGUGUCCCAUGUAAUGGGAGCCAUAAAGACUCAGAGCCCACUGCCCAGAACCUUCUCCAGAGGGAUUCAAACGGUAACGUUAAUUCCCGGAGAUGGAAUCGGUCCAGAGAUCUCCACUGCAGUAAUGAAGAUAUUUGAAGCAGCUAAGGCACCGAUUCAGUGGGAAGAGAGAAACGUCACCGCCAUCAAAGGACCUGGAGGCAGGUGGAUGAUCCCUCCUGAGGCCAAAGAGUCGAUGAACAAAAACAAAAUUGGAUUAAAAGGACCCCUGAAAACACCAAUUGCUGCUGGACACCCGUCCAUGAACCUGCUGCUAAGGAAGACCUUCGACCUUUAUGCUAAUGUGCGUCCCUGCGUGUCAAUCGAGGGCUAUAAGACUCCUUACACCGAUGUGGAUCUGGUCACCAUCAGAGAAAACACAGAAGGAGAGUACAGUGGGAUCGAACAUUUGAUUGUGGAUGGAGUUGUGCAGAGUAUCAAACUGAUCACAGAGGACGCCAGCAGACGCAUUGCUGAGUAUGCAUUUGAGUACGCCAGGAAUAACCAAAGAACCAGUGUCACGGCCGUUCACAAAGCCAACAUCAUGCGAAUGUCUGAUGGUCUGUUCCUGAGGAAGUGCAGAGAGGUUGCUGAGAAUUUCAAGGACGUGAAAUUCACCGAGAUGUAUCUGGAUACAGUCUGUCUCAAUAUGGUGCAAGAUCCAUCUCAUUUUGAUGUACUGGUAAUGCCUAAUCUUUAUGGCGACAUCUUGAGUGAUCUGUGUGCUGGAUUGAUUGGGGGUCUUGGAGUCACUCCCAGUGGGAACAUCGGAGCAAAUGGUGUUGCUAUAUUUGAAUCAGUACACGGAACUGCCCCCGACAUCGCAGGCAAAGACCUGGCGAACCCAACCGCCCUUUUGCUGAGUGCUGUCAUGAUGCUGCGCCACAUGGGACUGCAUGGGCACGCUAAAAAGAUUGAGACCGCCUGCUUCGACACUAUUCGUGACGAGAAGGUUUUGACUAAAGACCUCGGUGGAAAUGCUAAGUGCUCAGAGUUCACAGCUGACAUCUGCCGAAGAGUGCAGGACAUGGAUUGAGGCUUUUCUAGUGUCUAUGUUCGGAUCUGAUGCCUAAAGAACUGAUGGUCAAAAAAAAAAAAAAAAUUAAUCUUCGCAUCAUUCUGAUAUCUGCUCACAAUUCUACUAAGUGUCUGCAUUUUUGUUUCUCCAGAACCGCAAAGCACCGUCUAAAAUUCUUGUCCUUCAGUGACUGUAUUUGUGAGCUGUUUUAAUCUGUCAAAAAGGAACUACAUAAUCUAAGAUAAACUGUAUUUAUUGCCUAGAUAUUUACUCUGGUUUGAUGUGUUUUGAAAAUUUGCCUUUCUGUCACAUUACGGGAAUCAAAAUAUUAGGGGCUUAAAUACAUGGUAUUUUGAAUUUAUAUAUAUAUAUAUAUAUAUAUAUAUAUAAAAGUGUGGUAGUAUAUAUAUAUAUAAAAGCUUUAAAGUGUGGUAAAUCCGUUUAAAAAAAGUGAAUAUGUUUCACAUUUUUUAUGCUUAAGCUUUUACAUCAGCUAUGAACUUUGCAUUAUGGUUAACAAUUAAUAUAAUUCAAACAGCUCUUGACCUUUGCUGUGUCAGUUGUGAAAUGACUGUACUAUCAAGACAUGACUGUGGAUGGAAUAUAUAUAUGUCUAUUUUUACGGACAAAACAA